UACAGGACAGGCAGCACAAAAUAUGAAACCGUGGAAAUAUGAGAAUUUAAUGGAAUUUUUACUGCCACACAGAGAAAAUAACGAGACUUUUUCAAAUUUUUCGAAUCCUACACAAGGACACGACACUGAAAACACAUCUGAUACAAUAAUUACGGAUAUUGAUAUUGUUGGAUCACCUCCCCCACCGGCUGAAUAUUCACUCUCAACAACAUCUACAAUUCAAUCUGGGAAGAAGAACAGCAAGCAACUGGAAAUUACUGAGAUUAUUCAGCGCCGAGAGAAAAAUCGAGAGCAAAGACGAGCUGAAAGAGAUGAAAUAAGAAAGCAUAUUACUGAUGCUAAUCGACCACAAGAUGCAUUAUCUCAUUUAUUUGAAAGUUUCUGUCAAAAGACACGUGAUCUACCAAAGUACUUACAACUACGAGUCCAAAGAGAAAUUUUUGAAACAAUUACUCGUGCUGAAGAAGAAGCAUUGUCCUAUGACUCAAUGAAUACUUACUACUCCUCCACACCUUCCAAUUCGUCUUCUUAUGGCUAUAGAAGCGCCACAAAUUAUCAAACCAGCCCUUUGCUUGAUGCCAGCCCCUUGCCUGAUUGCAACCCCCUGCCUGAUGUGAGACCCGUGCUUGACGCCAGCCCCUUGCCUGGUUGCAGCCCCCUGCCUGGUUGCAGCCCCCUGCCUGAUGUGAGACCCGUGUCUGACGCCAACCCCUUGCCUCAACCUCGAGAUACAUUUCCAGCUGUUUGA